UCAUAAGCUUGCAACAUGGCGUCCCGAAGGCUGUGAGAUGAGCAGGAGGAUGGUAAAGAACGCCUGAGAACGGUCCUACCGAUGUAAAAAGCUUUAGGUGGUGCACGUGUAGGAAGACAGAGAGAGAAGGAAGGAGGAAAUGGAACUGCCAAAUCAUGCCAAACAACUGCUACUGCAACUCAACCAGCAGAGAGCCAAGGGAUUCCUCUGUGAUGUCAUCAUUGUGGUGGAGAACGCUCUCUUUCGCGCCCACAAGAACAUCCUGGCAGCCAGCAGCAUUUACUUCAAAUCUCUGGUCCUCCACGAUAACCUUAUUAACCUCGACACGGAGAUGGUGAACCCCUCCGUGUUCAGACAAGUCCUGGACUUUAUCUAUACUGGAAAGCUCCUGUCGUCGUCAGACCAGAGCAGCGAGCAGAACUUCAGUGCCCUCUUGACCGCAGCCAGCUACCUCCAGCUACAUGACCUCGCUGCUCUGUGCAGAAAGAAGCUCAAGCGGAGUAGUGGGAAGCCCCUACCAGGAAAACCCUCCACCCCAGGUCCACUCAGCCGCUUGCGCCUCAACAACCAGCGUCUCUCCUCUUCUACCCCUGCUGGUCCCAACAACCACUAUCCUCCGACCCCUUCUGAUGCCGACCAACCACAGCCAGAUGAAGGCCUUCGGGACAAACUGUCAGAUGAUGAAAUGUUUGUUGGGAGCUCUGGGAAAACUGGGAAUGGGGGAAAUGGCAGCAGUAACGGUAAUCUCAGCAGUGGGGCAAGUGCUGGAGAGCCAGAUCUUGGGUUAGAUCUGUCCAAGAAGAGUCCUCACUCUGCUGGCACAGCCACUGAUGCCCUCAGCCCACACAGCAACUCCCAAGAAUCCCCGCAAUCUGCCUCAGUAUCCACAACCAACAGUGCCUCGUUGGAUGACUCCUCAACCACCCUGCCAGGUGUAGACACAUGCAUCUCAGAGAACAUGGAACUAAAUUCCUCCAAGACGCCAGAUGACUCCCUAAACCAGCCCGAGGGCCCGCCACCCCAGAAAAAGACUCGACAUGCUGCUCGUAAGAACGAAUGGCCCAAAAAAGAGGCAUUAGGGUUGAAGUCUGAAGAACAUGACAGGCCUUUGGUCAACGGAGUGAUUGUAGGUCCUAAAGACGGCCGCUCCUCUGGUGCUGGUGGAGGCAGUGGUAACAGCUUUGCAUCUGACCAGUCCUUCCAGUGCAAAGAUGAGGAAGAAGGGGGAGAAAAUGGCCAGGACCACAGUGAAGAAAGUGGUCAGAGUGAUGGAGAGAGUGCAGGAGGUGGAGGAGGAGCAGGAGGCGGACACCAUAGCGCCAACUAUGUGUACCGGCAGGAAGGUUUUGAGCCAGCAUUUGGGGACAACCUCUAUGUGUGCAUUCCCUGUGGUAAGGGCUUCCCCAGCUCUGAGCAGCUCAACGCUCAUGUGGAGACCCACACUGAAGAUGAGCUCUACAUCAAAGAAGAGGGAGGGACCUUUGUGAAAGAAGAGGAUGAGGAGGAGGCGGAGGAUCUCUCUGCCCCUGUCGGUCCCUCCAGCUUUGCCUCCGAAACGCGUCCCUUCAAGUGUACCGUGUGCAGCAAGAGCUACAAAGACCCCGCAACUCUGAGGCAGCACGAAAAGAGCCACUGGCUGACCCGGCCCUUCCCCUGCAACAUUUGUGGAAAAAUGUUCACCCAGAGGGGAACCAUGACGCGCCACAUGCGUAGCCACCUGGGCCUCAAGCCAUUCGCAUGUGAAGAGUGCGGCAUGCGGUUCACACGGCAGUACCGCCUAACGGAGCACAUGCGAGUUCACUCUGGGGAGAAGCCGUACGAAUGCCAGCUAUGCGGCGGGAAGUUCACCCAGCAGCGCAACCUCAUCAGUCACCUGAGAAUGCACACCUCACCCUCUUAGAAACGCAUCAAGCCAAAGAACUACAGGAAGAGAGAAAAAGGAACAUUUCUCCACCUUUUUUCCAUCUCAGAAGCAAAGAAAUGCACACACAACAUACACACAGUUCUUGAAUCUGAUUCCAGUUUACGACACCCUGGCUGAGUGAACGGUGUAGCUGCUUGCCACAGUGCGCUCUCUUGGUGACGGUGGGAUCCCAUUGAUGCAAGGAUAGGGUCAUCGGUUAUAGCGAAUGACAAGUGCUCGCCUCUCAGGAGUUUUUCGAGGGACUAUUUACUUGCGUCUCUCUCCAAAGUCACAAAGCCAUGGUGGAGAGGCACAGUUGGUUAAAUGUGAAUGUGGGCACCUCGUACCCAUCAGCCGCCUUCCUCUCUUCAUGGUUUAAGCAUUAAAUCUUAAGAGUUUUUUCCCCACUGUUCCUAAAACAACUUUUGACCAAAAAGAAGUAGGUGCAAACAAAACUGGCAAUAAUUCAGCAAAAAGAAAAUUUUUACCCUGACAGCUUUAUAUCCUUUAUGAUGUUGGUGAUGCUAUAUGUAUGAAAGAGGAGGGGUAACUGGGUAUGGGACCAUCUCUGUGCUUUACCUGAAAGUCUAGAAAGAGGGAAAGAAAAGCUUUUCUCAGGAGGACAUGUUUGUUUGUAGAAGAUAACAAAUACUCUGUGUCCUCUCUGUGGCUGUUUGCAUUGAUGUAGACGAGAGUUUUCAUUCAAUUUUGUUUCUUUAGAUUUGCCUGCUAGAGCUCCAAGGAAAGAAGCUGGAAAGAGAAAACCCCUUGUGGUAGUACUCAUACUUUAAAAGCUUGUCAUGUUUCAGUGAAUGUUUUAAACUGGAAGGUCUUGGGAUUUUUCUGGUCAAGUGCGGGUGGGGGUCGGGGUUGUUGGGCAGGGAGGGAGGUUUAAAGGGGUGUUUUAAACCUAAUGCUAUGUUCAGUGGGUACGUCAUAUUUUUCUGUAUAGCUUUCCUCCCCUUGGAAAAAAAAAAAAAAAGAAGUCUAUUUAUAUAUAGGCUUGUGACCUCGCUACCUCUGAUUACUCUUUUGAACUCUGUCGAUUUAGUUAAAAGUUGCUUAUGUAAUUAAUUGUAAAAAGUGUGUAGAUUAUGUAACUUCUCACCCAAUGCUUUAACCUGCCCAUCUCUCAACACAGGUUUUUGACGCUCAUAGAUUUUACACAUUCUGAUUGUCUCUAGCUAAUAUUUGUACUCGUCAAGAUAUAACUUCUCUUUUUUUUUUUUUUUUUUUCUUUUUUUAUGUUUUUGGGACCCAGGUCACCGUGGCCCCCAAUUCAAAGUGUACUGUAGCGUCCAGCCUGGAGCAAAUAGUGGUUCGUUGGUUAGUUUUAGAUGUAUAGUGUUCCAAAGAUCUUAUGAAUGUUGAGGAGAACUGAACUAACUAACAAACAUUGCUAGACAAGUUCAUAACCAAAGUUUUUAAAAAAAAGAUGUACUUAAGAUAUAUAGCAUACUAAAUUAUUUCUCUUUUGAUUUCUUUUAUUGCUGUAUAAAACAAAAUAAGAAUUAUCUUCUAAAGUGCAGACAAAGAAAUCCACUCUUUUUGUGAUUGUUUUGGCCAAUAACUCUGAGGUUCUGGUGAUGGUUCUGGUGGUUUUGCAAGGAAAAGCUUGUGCUGAUUGGUGGGCUGGUGGGGAUGUAAACACUUUACCACCUGAUGGGGUUCUGGAGUGACUGGUAAAGUCUAAGACAUGUUCACUGAGCAUGUUUAUCCCAUUUCUGUUAUUUUGUUUGUAUCCAGAGUCCUUAUCACUUUAUAUUCUCUGACUUUUAAAAGCAGGACUUGAUGACAGUUUGUGUUCUGUUCAGACCAAAAAAAAAAAGAAAAAAAAAAAGAGUAGGAUCUAUAAUCAGAAUUUUAAUGUGAAGUUUAAGUUACUCAAGUCUUUUCAAUUUCUCUGAGCCGAAUUUGUGAAAACCUGUCAUUUAAAAAAAAGGAGAAGCAGAGAUGCACUGGACAGCUUUAUAGUUAUAUCACUAAAGAUGACUUAAGUUAUUUUAAACUGUUGUUGAUGUACAUCUCUCAUGAAACUUUUAGAUGUACCUCAACAACAGCAACCAGAGACUGGCUCUGGGUCACUUCGCCCCUCCGCUAAUUUGUACCUCAAUUUCAUCUCUUCCUGUGUAUCUGAAGCUGAUAGUUCACGCUGUGAUUUCAAAAACCUGACUGGACUAGAACAGGUCAGGCUGUGUGAACGUGAUACAUCAUCCUGAUAGUAAUCCUUAUCAUACUGUAAGAAGUCUGUGUGUGCAAUUAAUUACGAGAGCAGGGUAACACAAACACUAGUAUCAAUCCGACAAUGCCUGGACUACAAGCUGCAGGCCUUAACUCUUUCAAGCUCUGAAAAGGAGAGGAGUAUGCAGAAAAUGAGACAGCUGUGUAAGCGCUGAUGACUGCAGAAAGGAGGACAGUAAUAAGUUAGUUCUUUCUGCAAUCAAACGUCAGAAUUUUCCCAGGAAACGUCUGAGGUACAAUAUUUUACAUUGUACCUAAAAUAUUUGUUGUGGGGCAGCUUUGGUUAUACGCCUGCAAAGUUGUAUUUUGUUUCAGAAGGGAAAUCAAUUCCACAUUUGGAAUCGAGUUUUGAACUAUUAGACAUUUUUUAUUUUCACUUCAAGUUGUGAAUUAUUUCCAGAAAAAAUGGUUAUAAAUCUACCGGCAUCUCAAUGUAAUGCCUAAGGUUCUUGUCCCUGUUUGGGUCACAACCAAUAAAUCAAUAAAGAUCAAAACUUCAAAUGUACAAAAUGGCGAAGGGGCGAAUUAUUUAGUACUCGUGGGGAAUGGCUUGUUUCUUGUUUGUCUGUUUCUCUGCUCAGUGUAUCCACUCUGAAAACUCUCACUGUGGAUCAUUAACCUUCACUACAAGUUUUUGUUAUAGGCAUUCCUCUGUAAUGUUGAAUUUUAACUACCCUCUUGAGUUGAUAUUUUUUGGUAAUACUUCCUUCAUCCUCUUGUUAAGGUUCUGUGAAAUGUUUUUUCCAGCGUUGCAGCUGAAGCUCCGUUUGUAGGUACCUGCAUCCUGGACUCCCAGAGUUGUUUCCUAAUUUAACAUUGACUUUCUUGUUGUUCUGCAUGGUACAUGGGAAUUUUUCACACUCCCCUCCCCUCUUCAAACAACAAACAUGUUAUUUAUCACCUGUGACCUCUCUUGGCUAAAGAGGGAGUCCUCAAUGCAUUGCCUUCAAACGUUAUUGUACGUGUCAGCACUAGGUGCACUGCAGCACGAUGUCUGUAAUGCAAAAGGUGUUUGUACAUUAUCUUUAGCCAUCUCUGCAAAGAUUUUUUUUUUUUUGCAGCUGCAUUUAAAUGCUUGCUUGUUUGUCAAAACGAAGAAAAAAAAAACUCCAAACUGUGACCAUACUACUACUAUUACUACUAGUACUACUACUCUUCAAGUACUUCAGGGAUUGUUCUGCGUGUGUGAACACAGGCUUUCAGCUACAUUUGUUAGAUAAAGCAUUGUAUCAGUUUCUCUGUAUUUUAGACUUUGGAGAAGCAAAAAAAAAAAAAAAACACUAGUUUCAUAUUAAGAUGAAUAGGGGGGAAUCUUUUUCAACUAACACAAAAAGCCUUGACAAAAGGCGAGGCAGCUCAAAACAAAGUCUACAUUUUUAGUUAGUUACACAGUACGUGCAGAAAUGGGUGCAAAGUUGUACAAAAAAAAACUUAGAAGAAAUAAUAAUUAAAAAAAAAAGCUCAUACCCAAAUUCACAAACUAUUUUUUAAACCAAAGCACAUUUGAAUGAUUAUGGAACCAUGUGUGGCUCUAAAAAAUAAUAAAAAAAAAAGAAACAUAUGUAUUUAUCUCAUUGUUUACAUGAACUUUUACAGUUUUACAGACCUCACUCGAGGCUCGGCCAGUCAAAGAUUUUUACUUUACGUUUUCUCAUGUGUGCGUGUGUAAUUAAGACGCUUUUCCACAGACGUUGCUGCCAAAACAGAAGCAUAGCAUUAAACAUGGGGUGAACUGCUGCAUAUUCAAUUAGGGGGAGGGUGUGUGGUGUCUCCUCCCUGCCAGCUGGCUUUGGGGUGACCCUGCACCCCGUUCUCCUGCCCUCUGGCCCGUCUUCAGAUGGGACUUCAGGGAGUGGUGGGGGAAGUGGGCAGUGCAUCUUUGACGUAUUAAUCAAAAAGGCAUUGUUGGUCGGGGUCUGUUAGCUUAAUGUUGUCUCUGUGUUUACCCAAACAAGGUCAAGGCGUUACUUCUCUGCUUAAGCCUUUCUAAAUGGCCAUCUUACAUGGUACACCUCUUACCGGCCGCUGUCUUUAAAACCCUUUCGGAGAAUGUAGCACGAUUUGUUUUUUUUUUUUACUUCUUUCUUUUUGUUCUUUGCAUGUAAACGGGCUCAUCAGGUAGUCUUAACUGUGAAUCUUAAUUGUUUUUGUUUCAUACUUUACACUUUUCCUGUAUUUUGUGGACAAAAGCAGCACAAACCUCUGGCUGGCCGAGCCUCAAACAACAUUGGCGCAAACACUUAUUGACAGUGUUCUGUUUUUGUUUUGUUUUUUUCUUCUGGUUUUUAUUUUUUAAUCAAAUGUCUAUUGUCGGUGAUGAAUGUAUUUAUUUCCGGGGCCUGCCUUCACCUCUCUAAAGAAUUUUCUCAGUGUGUGAGACUGAGGUGGAGGCGGGACCCCCUUUCUUUUUUUCAUUGUUUUUGUUUUGAUGACUUUCAAGCUGAAUCUUAAAUGAGACUCAAACAUAGCCAUUAACCACAAUCUGUGAAGACUUUUUUGUGUGUGGGAGAGCUGAUGUAUUUUUUUUUCCAACUUAAAACAAAAUGGUCUAUGGCAUUUACACCUGACAGUCUGUAGAGUUUUUUUUUUUUUUUUUUUUCAAUUUUCAUUUGUUUAAUUGAGUGGGAUUUUUGCCCCACAUUGUCUUGAGUUCUCACUAAUUGGACACAGAGGGGACGUGAACUUUGACCUCCUCCUAUGUGUUUGUCUGUGGACCUGAGCAGGAUGCUGUUGCUGCCUGUGCAGAGCGGAGGCUACUGUAUGUUUUAAAACUUGCUCUCCCUGGGUGUUGCCAUGAUGCUGAAGAAAAUAAAACUAUAUAAAGCAGAAACAUGCACACAAUUCACGUUUUUCCUCUUGAAAAUUAAGUCUCUUGUCUUAAACUUCCAUCUUUUUGUUUUCCAGUGUCUCUUAUCUCCACUUUAGCAUAUAUGUUUUGUUUUAGAAAUGUUGGAUGAGAUAGCUUUACUAAGUGCACUUUGUAUGUUUUCUAAAGCUUCUGAGAGAACUCAGAGGCUCUCAUAUCAGCUCCGAUUUACCUGACGGUUUCUUCUUUCUCUUCUUACCUCAUCAUUAUUGUUUGCUAAUACUAACUAAAACCCAUAUCAUUAUGCAGUGUUAGAAAAGCUUUAAAAUGACACAUGAAGCAGGAAUCCCCUCUGAGAGAGUGUGCAGUUCUUUCGUUGCUCUUUAGCUACUUUUGCGAUCCACC